GGUCAGAUACCUGAGUACCUUCGCCUUAUCAGGCGCGACAUCGUCAACAAAAGUCCUGCUAGAAGAGCCCAAAUCUCAAAGAUGUGUCGCUCUCUGAUGCGCCAUGUCCCGAGUGGCGUAGUUGUCAUCACUUCGCGAUCUGCUUUAGGAGACUCCCACAAAGCCAAGCGGGCCUCUCUUUCUCGCGCGCGCGCCAUGACUGUCUCCUCCUUCACAACAGUCUCUUUGGACCCCACGGCCAUCGUCUCCUUCAACAUCAAGGUUCCCUCAAGCACAUGGGACGCCAUUCGUGGCUUGCAGCAGCUGCGCAUACACUUUCUCACUGCAUCAAGACUGGGAGCCACUAUCGCAAACACCUUCAGCAAAAACCGCGGUACUGAAGCAUUUGAGGAAGCCAUUCAGCAGGGCAUCGCGGUCGGCGUUCCGGGGUCGGUACAGACGUCUUGGAAUACUCUUGGCGGCUUUGGCGGCAAAACCAUCAUCGAAAAUUUCAAUUUCAAGCGUCGUCGUAUAACAAAUACCGGCGAAAUAAACCACUCAACCCACCUUCAUGGAAAAGCUAUCUAUGCGGCGCUGGAUUGCAAACUGCUCGAGGACAAGUGCGUUUACAUACACGACCAUGUGAUCGUCGUUGCAGAGGUAUUUGGAAUAGAGCGCACGUAUAUGGGGGACGACACGGCCUAUCUGUCCUACUUCGAUGGCCAUUACCGGAGGGCUUCUGCGCGCAUCGAUAUGCAAGACAAGGCCAGGAAGAACCCGGAGCCCAGCAUUGAUAUUAAUGCCGAUGGUAAUGAUGCGGAGCCAUUGCUCAGAGAACUGACAAAGAGGGGUUUCAGUGAUGCUAGCUGGCAGGAAGGAAAUGGUUAUAGUGAUGGACAAAAAGAUAGUUCCAACACGGAGCUAUCUUCCGAAGAGUUGCAAAAGGAAGAAUCCCAGUUUUCUCCCGCCGCUACUCCUGACGCCUCUCCCGACUCGGUCAGCGUUGCUGACGGACAAGAGAUGCCCUUGCAGGAGGAGGGAAGAGAGGAAGCCGCUGACGGACAGGAAACGUCUUCAAGUGGGGAAGAAGACAAAAGUAUUGACGGCUCGAGGCAGUUGUGAGGGAAAGUGCAAUUUUGAAGCGCCUCAUAGUAAGUGCCUUUUUCUUGGCUCUUAUGCGCAUCUAGGUGGCUCAUUAAGCUACGGACUAGCGAGGGAAUUGUAAGAGUAAUCUGUUGCCUAUUAUUGUAUUAUGUGAAUAUUUUAUAGAUGAAACAUGGGCUCGAUUGGUAGCACA